UUUCUCCGUAACCCAUAAAAGGAAAGUUCUAUAAAUAAUUAUUCUCCUAACUUAAUAACUAAGAGAGAGAGAAUGGAAUUCGUCCGGUUUUCUCAAGUUCUUAGCUUGUUAAGCAUGGCUGUCAUUCUUUUGUUUAUGCUAGGGAAAAUGAUAUAUUCUUGUUGGAUUUUGCCUAAGCUGAUGUAUCGAAAGCUUAGGGCAAAUGGAUUUGACGGACCAGCUCCAAGUUUCCCUCUUGGAAAUAUAAAUGACAUGAAGAAGGAGUUGACGAAGAUAGCUUCUCCUUCUUUGAGCAUUAGCAAUCAUGACAUUCAUUCAUUUGCAUUCCCAUACUAUGCUCGGUGGCAGAAAUUGCAUGGUAAAGUAUUUGUCUACUGGCUGGGAACAGAGCCAUUUUUGUACAUAGCAGAUCCUGAAUUUAUAAAGAAGAUGUCAGCGGUUGUAAUGGGCAAAAGUUGGGGAAAGCCAAGAGUAUUUAAGAGGGAUAGAGAUCCCAUGUUUGGGAAUGGCCUUGUUAUGGUGGAAGGGAUUAAUUGGGUUAAUCACAGGCAUGUUGUUAAUCCUGCUUUUUCCCCUGCCAGCUUGAAGGGUAUGACAAGCUUAAUGGUGGAGUCGGCCACAAAUAUGCUAGACCGCUGGGCGGCCCUCAUCGACUCAGGGAAGAAAGAAAUCGAAAUCGAAGUCGAGAAGGAAAUCACAAGCACAGCGGGGGAAAUCAUCGCGAAAAUAACCUUCGGAAUCAAGAACGAAAACGGGGGAAAAGUGUUUGAUAAAUUAAGAACACUGCAAACCGCUCUUUUCAAGUCCAUACGUUAUGUUGGAGUACCAUAUGGGAACCUGAUAUAUCAUAAAGAGACGUUGAAAGCCAAGAAACUCGGGAAAGAGAUUGACGCUCUCCUUUUAUCGAUCAUUGAAGCUCGAAAAAAGAUGGACAAAGAUCAAUAUUCUCAACAUGAUCUUCUGAGUCUGUUAAUGCUAGAUGAGAGUGCUAAUGGCAUGGAUGGCCGGCUUGGAAAGACGUUAAGUAAAAGGGAAUUGGUGGAUGAGUGUAAGACGUUUUUCAUUGGAGGUCAUGAGACCUCUGCCUUGGCACUUACCUGGACUACGUUGCUUCUGGCCUUGCAUCCUGAAUGGCAAACUCAGCUCAGAGAGGAAAUGAAACAAGUGUUUAUAGAAGGUGAAAUUGAUGUUACACGGCUUAAUGGUCUCAGAAAGAUGGGAUGGGUGAUGAACGAAGUGCUAAGACUAUAUUCACCAGCACCAAAUGUACAGAGGCAAGCUAAAGAUGAUAUUCAAGUGGACAAUAAUGUAGUCAUCCCUAAAGGAACAAAUAUAUGGAUUGAUGUGGUGUCGAUGCACCACGACAAGCAGCUUUGGGGUGAAGAUGUUAACGAAUUCAAACCAGAAAGGUUUAAAGAUGACGUGUACGGUGGAUGCAAACACAAAAUGGGAUUCUUGCCUUUUGGUUUUGGAGGACGAAUGUGCAUUGGCAAGAAUUUGUCUCUCAUGGAGUACAAGAUUGUGUUAUCCUUAAUCUUGACUAGGUUCUCUUUCUCCAUCUCCCCAAACUAUAGGCACUGCCCUUCUAUCCAGCUUUCUCUUAGGCCCACACAAGGAUUGCCUCUUAUAAUCCGACCCCUUUGAAUUACUCACUACAAUAAUUACUCUUUUCAUGAUUGAUUACCAUCAAAGAAAAGAAAAAAAAAAUACUCCUACUAAUAGCCAGCUACACUUUAAGAUGUCGAGAUAUGUUUCUCUCUCAAUUUUCUUUAUGUUCUCAUUUGUACUUUCUUUAGUCGUACUCAAAUGCAUAAGUAAGGAUUCAUAUAGCCGAUCCCAACUUGUUCGGGAUGGAGGCGUAAUUGUUGUAUGCUUCAAGUCAUAAUCAAAUAAAUGUAUAAUUGAAAUAAAAGUUUGAGGAAAGAUUGUUUGGAGAAGAUAUUGCAAAUGGAUUAUGGAGGACGACAUUUUCAGAGGUGAAUUCCAACGAUAUGCGAAUAGAGUGGACAGAACAGCCUGUAAUGUAAGGAUUGAUGAUUGAACCACUUUGGUUUGUCUAUUAAGAAGAGGAAGAAAAGAAGUGCUUAGCUCAGAAGGAGUUUGUUA